GAAGAUUCCUGGAAGCGAAAAAUAUGAAUCAACCUUAUCAUUUCAUGCAUGAAAUCGUAUGAUAAAUGUGGGUGACGAUCAGCUGACGGACAAUUGAAAAUGGCACUUAAAAUUCCCGCGUGGGCAAGAAAUCCCUAGUAUCGCGACACACGGAACAGCUGAUUGCAGAAAGUGGCGAAGAGGAAAAUCCGCAAUAAUUAGAAGGUUACUGAAAAGUAUGUAAAAGAAGGGUUUAAUAAUAUAUCGUGUCUCAUGGUCUACGCGACACCCAACCAAGUGGCUUUAGCAUCCUAACGAGAUACACGAACGCCGAGGGAGUGUUUUCAAAUGUAGCAGAUGUACGACGUUGUGAGAAAUGUCACAAAUUGAUAUCCAGGAGUUGUUUAACAAAAGCAGGUUACCUGACGGUUGGCGCCUUCUACCUGUAAUUUUGUACACGCCACUGGGACUCCUACUUGUGCUACUACGACUAUUAGUAACGUUGCAACUUUGGCUUUUCGCAUCGUUGUUACCCGAUUGUGACUCUACUCGAGGAUUCUUGAAUUACGGUAUUAGCUUUGCUUUUGGCAUCGUCGUCAAGGUCGAUAACGAGAGCGAAUUCAGGGACAAGCAGUCGAGAAUAGCAGUCGCCAAUAAUGUAUCCGUUCUGGACCACUUUGCUCUUCGUCGAGUAACCAAGACAUUAACCCCCAGCACCUGGGAAUUACCUACUGCCUUGAGCAAUGCAUUAGGUUUACAAAAGAUGGAUAUGAGCAGUAAAGAAGCGCUAAUCGCCAAUAUAAAGCAGUUUCUUUCCACAUCUACAUAUAGUAUCGCUGUACAACCAGAAUUUGGCACGACCAACAGUCAGGUUGCUUUGUUGAAGUUCAAUUCUUGGCCGUUUAGUAUAGAAACGUCGGUGCAGCCAGUCGCCAUCAAAGCAUCGAGACCAGAGUUUGUGCCUGUGCUCCUUACCUCAUUGGCUUCGACGUGGUGGACAGAGGUAUUGUGGUUCAUGUUCGUCCCUUAUACAGUUUUCACGCUGAAGUACCUGAAAAUCAGACGCAAUCCCGACCACGAGACUCUCGUGCGAGAAGUAGAGAAAGAUAUUGCGGAUGCUUUGGGACUUGAAACGAGUUCUUUCACCGUAUCAGAUAAGACGGAAUAUGAGAAGCGUUAUCUUAUGGAAAGGAUACUGAAUAGAACGCGUUCUAGUAGAAGUUCGCUAAACUCACAUAGCAUAGAGAUACAGAGGAUGGUCCGUCAAGUCAGCGAAGUACUUCCAUUCGUACCACAUAAUGUGAUUCUCCUAGAUCUUCUAAAGACACGGAACGUUGACGUUACAAUCGCCAAUAUUCUCGAUGGCAUAGUUACUUAUACUCCAGAACCAAACGCACCAACCCAAUCGGCUGUACCAUCAGCUAGUAGAUCUCAACCGAAUUCUGCAAAGGACAAAACUUUGGAUUCCUUGGUAACUUCUUCCUUUCAAAAGAGAAAAGCUAAGAUGAUUAAAGAUGCCAGAGAAAGGUAUAUUCAAAAGCAUGGACUGAAAAAUUGCUGACAUUCUUACUACUGCUUUAUUCCGAUUAAAAUAUUGUCAUUGACAACAUGUAUGUAACAUUUUAAAUGUAUUUACUAUUACAUCGUAUGAAUAUAUCUUUAUUUCUAAAAUAUGAUCGUGAGUAUGUGUAGUAUAAUACCUAACCGUUGUACAAACGUAAAUCGAAGAAGUUAUUAGUGUCGAUCGGAGAUAUAUAAGUGAGUGUGUAGCAAGAUCAAAACUUUUACACUUAAUUAUCACAUUGCAAAUAAACGCAGAUAUCCUUCAUAUUGUUUUCAUGACUACUGCUUAUAUAACGAGAUAAUAGCUAAGAUAAGAUGUAGGCUAUUUGCUGUAUCAUUCAGAGAGAGACUUAUUUAGAGAUUCAUAUUUGUCGAGUUAUGAGUAAAUAAGAAAGUUAGAUUUAGUAAAUAAAGUUAGUAAAUCAAGUAAAGAAGGUAAAUAGAUAAAAAUUUGCUUUCUUAUCAAACUUUAAGUAAAUUUUUGU